ACCUCGAGACCGGAGGGAAUUGGUCUCAUAGUGGCAUCUCCAUCUCCCUCUGGUUCUCUAAGAAAUUCUGAACAAUUCUCCUCCUCAAAGCUCUUUUCCUUCUUCUCAUCGAUCCUUCUGAACCGAUGUUUUCAUCUUUCAAUUCUUCCCCAUUUCAAAUACCCUCUUAACCAACCCACUUCCCCAUGUCUCGCAGACCCCUAGAUUCCCGCCAAUCCAUUGACUCCUGUACUCUCAAGCUCCAUACCUGGAGACCCUUCCACCAUCUCCACUCUGCUCCCAAAACCCUAGAUUCCGAUACCCAUAUCUCACCUCCCACAACUUCUAAACCCUACUACUCUUCCACCGCCCUUCACACCAAGCGCCCUUGUCUCUCCGAUCGAACUACCUCUUUCAAUGUCGACGCCAUCGACAUGUCCAGGUUGAGUUUGAUUGACGACGACAAGCCUUCUAUUGCGGCAGGUCGUUACACGCGAUGUAGCUUUGGAUUGAUCGCUAGGAAGCGGCGGCGACGUGGAUCGAGGUCGGUUUCCGGGCGGAGUAGCGAUCGUAGCGGGACGAGGCGGUGCUGCUCUGUUGGAGCUUCGGCUGCCCAUGGGACUUGCUCAGAUUUCCCCCUGGCGGUUGGGACUGAUUCGAGUGGGGAGUUGUUUGUGAAUGGGGAUGCGAAUUGGUCUUCUGAUGUGAGUGAAGCCAAGAAUUCGAGGAGGGAGAGAGAUGAGAAGGAUCAUCAUUUGGGAGGUGGGUUUAGUUAUAAUGGAUGUCCUGAUGCUCAGGGAAAUGAAUCUGGGUAUGGUAGUGAACCUGGUUAUCGUGGUGAUGGUGAAUUUGGGUAUGGUGAUGAGAUCGAUGAGGAAGAUGAAGAUGCCAGAUUGCUGUUGUGGGGUGAACGACUCGGAGCUAUCCGCUCAAGAAAUUCUUCUUGGCUGUUGUUAGAACUUACAAGUUCAUUUAACUGUCUCUACUUAAUCUAUUCUAGAAUGGAAAUUGUAGGAGAGAACACAUUUGCAGAUCAGAAAUCACACCAUAGAUGUCGCCGUAAGAAGCACGAAUGUAGAAUGGUCGACACCCUGAGGUGAUGAAGCUAACAUCGAACUCGAAACGAGGCAACAAACACUUUGAACUCCUGAUGCUCUGAGACCUGGAAUUUUCAACUGCUAAGGAUCCCCGGUUUCGAGAUCAUCCUUAAAGUGCAGCUUACAGUAUCUAGAUUCCUCGCUGACACCUACGUCGACUGCUGGUAUGAACUGUAGAACACCGACUUCCCGACGCUCACUCACAGGUACAUCGGCAGGGAAGAAAA